GCCUUGGAAACGAGAUGUUUAUAUUAGCCAUGAGCUUGCCUUUUCCUCAAUGCGCUUCAUCUAGCUACAUACAUGUAUAUGAGGAAACAUCACAAUGAUCUAUCAAUUCUCACGCUUUAAUCAACAUUUAAUUUUUUAAAGAAAAGAAAUGUUCAGUUGUUUUAAGCGCCUUGGUUUUAGCUUCCUUGCUAGCUAGACUGGCCAACAGAACGACCAGGCAGUUUGGCUUUACCUUUUUCUCUCGAUUCUUGAAGAUGAAGUUGAAAAUACUAUUAAUUGGACCAAGCGAGUGUGGAAAAACAGCUCUGGCUAAUUUUCUCUCCGAUACAACUGAAACAAUCGGGGGGGAUUAUAGUCCAACACAGGGCGUAAGGAUACUUGAAUUUGAAUCACAAAAUCUAUCUAAUGGCAACAAGCAUUCAGUAUGUGAGGUGGAACUGUGGGAUUGUGCUGGAGAUUUUAAGUUUGAAUCAUGCUGGCCAGCUUUGAUGAAAGAAUCCAAUGGGGUGGUUUUAGUAUUCAACCCAGAUGUGCCCAGCCAUCUGAAGGAAAUAGAGACUUGGCAUGCUACAAUCAUCUCCUCUCAGGGGUUACUGGAGACCCAGUGCCUGUUGAUAGCACACCAUAAACCAGGAAGUGGGGCUGUCAGGGACCCCCCAUCAUUAGCCUCAAAGCUGAGCAAAUUGCCUCUUAUUAACUCAAAUCUUGAGGAAGAUCCUGAAGACGUCCGUCAAGGGUUUCACAAAUAUUUGGGAAAUGUUCUGCGGAUGUUAUCAGAAAGUCAGGAACGUGAAGAGAUGUCAAUUAUUACAUAAUUAGAAUUUCUGUACUACACUGAAUGUAAAUCACACAAUAUACAUUGUGAACAUCAUAUA